AUGGAAUCAGCAACCCCCGACAUCGCCUCGCUUGGCGACUCAAGUGUUACGACCAGACUGGAAGACCAAGAGCCAAUUAGAGCAGAUGCAUCCAGAGGAACCGAGAAGCAAUCCGAGGCCGCAACGGAUACCACACUGCCUGUACCGAGUUCCCCUAUCUAUGCACCGGCACAAGCAGAUUUGACGAAACACCGCCGGCGAUGGAUUCCUCGAAUAUCUUCACGGCUGCGCAACACUCUACUCAGCACUAUGGGUCUUCUCGAACUCGCCAAUGCCGGUGACUUCGCAGCAAACGUCUGGAACGAGAUUCCUGUGCCUAUAUAUGCCAUCGUCUUCAUGGCCCUGGGCGGCACGCUGGCGUUGGUAGUGUCAAUUCUGGCUCUCAAAGACACUCUUUUGAGUUGGCAGAACGUAUGCUUCCUCCGUAUCGAGAGGGCUGCUUUGAACGCAGAAAGGCUGGAGCGUCUCCAACGAAAUCAGCCGACGCUGGACGUCGACGUUCUUCUUGACACGAAUUUUCGAGAACUUGGAAGCGAAAUCGCGAAUCGCUUCGGGCUAGACAUAUGCAGUGGGUUCGGCGCAUUUCUCAUCAGUAUCGGCACAUACAUGGCGAUUGGAGGGGCGAAUCGCCAAGCGUGGUUUGCAAGCAACAUCUUGUCAGGCUACCUCGGCAAUGCCCCAAUCGCUCUCUAUGGCCUGAUUAGCUCUGGGUGGUCGGCCCACAUCUUCCGCAGAGCUUCUCAGCACCAAAGACUCGCGGCCCAGUCGCCUCGCCUCCAGAGUAGCCGAGCCUUAAAGGUUAUUGAACGACGGACGCGCAAUGUUCACAUCUACACUUUGGUCAGUGGUGUGAGUAGCGUAAUUGGUGGUGGUGCAUCCAUGGUCACGGCGACAAGAUGGGAAGGCUACGUCGUACUCAUCCCAGUUAUUCUAUCAUCGAUGUUUUACAACUCGUGGCUUCGUCGCAAUGUGGCCUAUGAUAGACCAUCCGCCGGCGACUCAUUGCACCUGACCGAAGAGGCGAUCACUCACGAACUCGAGGUUGCAGAGAUGACCUGGCGAAAGAUUCGAGGCCAAUCCCGGCCAUUUCAGGAGCUGGUGGCCGACACAACGUCUCUAGAGGCCGUCACGGCGUAUCUCGUCGCCAAUGAUCUUCUGGAACAUUUCUGCCUGUCUCUCAUGAAAAGUGCUGUGGUCGCUCCUGUUUUUGUCGGCCAAGAAUUAACAGAUGUCACGAUAGACACAGAGCGUCUGUUGGAAACGCCAAAAGAGAUCCAUCCAACCAUGAUCGAAAUCGCAAACGAAACGAUCAAGCAGGAGGGCCCGAAGCACUUCGAUUACCGCCAACGAUACUUGUCUGAGAUUCUGGGGAGCAUGCUACGAUUAUCACUGAAGGCUGGCUGUGGAGGUUCUAUGACAGAAUGCUGA